AUGGCCAAGGAUGCUUGCUUUGGGGAUGGCCAUUGGUCUACUUUGGUGAGCCUAGUCAAGAACAGGCGAGCCCUGACUGAGUUCUUGUCAGCCCCGACAAUCAACCAAGAGGUGACUGACAUCGAAGAGAAAUACAACGCAGAAAUCAAAGAGAAGAAGAAAAAGCUCAAGCUUGCUGCUGGGGAACAGCAUGAAGAGGAAGAAGCCGAUCAGAAAGCGGCUGAUGAAGAUGAUGCGGAAGAACCUCAGGAUGCAGAGCUGCCACACAUGCUGGUUGGAGAAGAUGCAGGGCUUCCCAUGAAGGAGCAGGAUUUGACGGGUGACAAGCGUGAGAAGGCGAGAAUCAAUCACCCUGGAGAAGAUCCCUUUUGCACUUCCUUGCUGGGUCACUUCUUUGACUCUAAGAAGUGCAGCGAAGCAGCUUCUCAUCCGCAUCUUCGUGCUCCGCCAUUGAAAGAUGGACGGGUCCAGAAGCUUCUGUCAGCAAUUGUGAGGGUGCGAUUUCCCACCAAUGCUGAUGGAGCUCCUACUUUUAGCACCAGUGACAUCUUCUUCAUGAAUGAUGGAGGUCGCCCAGGGCACCACAACCAGCUGUCCACUUUGAAAGCUGGUGAUGAUGCUAUUCAGAAAUGUGAAAAAGUCUUGACGGUGAUCUACUCGGAAGAGUCCAUUGCAAAGCGCAAGGAGAAAAACAGGCAACUGGGAGCUAUCAAGCAAACAGAAUCGAUCUACAUGCUGAUGUGCCCGACGGGCUGCCGUGUGAUGAAGAAAGCACGGCUGCACCAUGAGGGAACCAACAGGGGUGACUCGAUCUAUGGAGUUGCCAUGCCGUCGCUGGAUUCAAGGACGACAUGGGCCAUGCCUGUGAAGGAGAAGCGGGAGCUCUAUGGCAAAGCCCGCAUAGCAGUGGGAGGUCAAGCCCCUGAAGCUGAAGUUGAUUCUGGAGGGCGCAAGAGUGAUAGCUUGACUGAACCGGUCUUUUACCACUCUGGUCCUUACUCGUUGGAUGAAGAGCUGGUGGCACGGCAUGCCGUGGGUGCAAUCAAUGACCUCACACCUGGUUUCUUGGGCUAUGAAAUAAUAAAACAGUCAUUGUAA